AUGUUUUUCAUCCACAAUGAAGCAUUGUGUGGUUCUUCAAGGUUUAUUGUUCCACCAUGCCCCACUUCAUCAAAGCAUAGAUCUAAUAGAAGAAAUGUGCUUGUUCUAUUACUUAUGCUGGGAAUUGCAGUAGUAUUUGUUCCUAGCACCUUUAUUUUUUUCUGGAUAAGAUAUAGGAAAGGUAAAAGAGCUCCUCAACAAGCUGAUUCAUUGUCUACCCUAAGACGAGAAAGAAUUUCAUACUAUGAAUUGAUCCAAGCAACGGAUGAUCUUAGUGGGAGUAAUCUGAUUGGUUCAGGAAGUUUUGGCUCUGUUUACAAAGGCGUUCUGAGAAGUGGAACUGCCAUUGCAGUUAAACCUAGUAAUGUCUUACUGGAUGAGGAUAUGGUUGCCCAGCUAAAUGACUUUGGCAUUUCAAAACUGCUUGGUGUAGAUGACAGUGAUUUAUACACUAAAACUUUAGCAACAUUGGGGUAUAUUGCACCGAAAUAUGGAUUGGAUGGGUUUGUCUCAACAAAAUGUGAUGUCUAUAGUUAUGGGAUCAUGUUGCUGGAAACGUUUACUAGGAGAAAGCCUAAUGAGUUUGAAGGAGAUCUUAGCUUGAAGCAAUGGGUGAGUUAUGCACUUCCAGAUGCAGUAAUGGAUGUCGUAGAUGUCAACUUGGUAACACCAAAGGGUAAUCGCUUACAGAAGGAGCUAGAUAUAUGGGCAUCGAUCCUGAAUGUGGCAUUAGAUUGUUGUGCUGAAUCUCCAGCAAGAAGGACUAACAUGAAAGAUGUUGUAGGGAUGCUGCAGAAGAUCAAGAUUCAACUUCUUGCAUGUUGA